GAGAGGAUUCGGGAGGGAGAAUCUUUUAUUAUGAAACAGCGGAAACUACCGGCUCAUUCUUGCUUGCGCUCGCUUUGAAUCAAGCCGGUGUGACCUGCAGUGUCCUCAAAACAAAACAAAAAAUCUCGAAUUGGUGUGUGAUAAAUCGAGGACACAAGACAAUCGGCAACAUGGUCCUCGAGGAGAAAAUGAUCAGGAACGGGGAACCAGACGACGAGGAAGAGGAAGAAGAGGAGGAGGCAGACUUGGUGGAUCCUCUGGAAUCAAUGCGAGAAAAGUGUGCUGAGCUCGAGCACUGUGUCCACACUCAUGCACGUCUGGAGGAGUGUGAGACCAGAGUGAACGCUCGCUCAUCCACAACGGAAGACUGCACGGAGGAGCUUUUCGACUUCCUCCAUGCUCGGGACCACUGUGUGGCGCACAAGCUCUUCCAUUCAGUCAAAUGAAAUUGGCAGUGCCAGUGGCCCAUGCAGAAGUAGAAUUAUGGUUCUCAGUGCAUCCAAAAAUAUAUACCCUACUGUAUGUACAUGAAUUAUGUUGUGUGUUGUUUUAUCUGUAUAACCAUGUGAGGAAACUGAAUAAUUAAAGUGGAAUGCCCAAGA